AUGAAAACAGAGUGGGUGCAAAGCUCAUGGAGUAUCACUCGACACUUGUAUACCCAAGUACGUGUUGUCAGAAGGGAUAUUACAGUUUCCUUCCUCUCACCGCUCGACAUGGCACUGCAGGACCCGCUAGCUAGGGCAGCUCGCUUGAUGAGUUGUCUCUUCCAAAUUGCAAGAGCGAACUUGCAUUCUUAUCUCACAGACGUUGCACAACCAUGGCCAACUAUCAACAUUACUUACAUAGGCGGUCCUAGGUCGACAUUCCAAGAACUUAUUCCACGAUCUGCGGAUGCCAAUUCUACUAGAAUAAAUGCAGAUACCUCUACAAUGACAUCUCCAUCGUUAUUCCAGUCCUUGGAUUAUCGAGCUCUGCAGGUUAGAGAAAUCUUGGUAUUAGAACCUUUAUUUUUCAUUAGGACGAAUAGGAAAUAUCCAUGGGACAUACCGAACCAGUCGAGCCCCAUGAAACCCCUCUCACGGGUCGCAACAAGCUCAAAGUCCAUCCUCUGGCCAUUAAAGCACCGGACACUGUGUCCGUCCACAGUAGCCUCUCCACCAUCUGUAGGUUGCUUCUCAGACAUUCAAGCUGAGCUCUCCAGGAACAAUGAGGCUUGUAACUAG